AUGUAUCCGUCCUGCUACCUUGAAAAACGAAAUCAAGUCGUGAACGUGGCUGCGACUGGCCUGACAAUUCGCAAUUCGAUUGAUCACACCCUCAUUCCACGUACUGGUGAGGUGAAGUAUUUGCUCAAUUUCGAAUCCGAGGCUUCUGGAAACCAAUCCGCCAAGGAGUACCCUUUACCGACAGAGAGGGAACAUCAGACACUACGCAAAGUCGUAGGGACCUUGCCCCUUUUUUCCUUCUCCCUAUGUCUCGUGGAGUUCGCCGAACGUGCAUCGUAUUGCGGGACGAAGACCGUUUUUCCAAACUUCAUCCAGUUCUCAUUACCUGAAGGUUCGACCCAGCGGUAUGGAGCAGGUGCCAGCCCUAGAGGAACUUAUCAGACAGCAGGGGCAUUAGGUAUGGGACUUCAAGCUAUCUCUGGAUUGGUCUUGUUGUUUUCCUUCCUGGUCUAUGUGAUCCCCAUCUUUGGAGGGUGGCGGGCCGAUGUUUACGUAGGUCAGUACAAAGCAAUCAUCGUGGAGGUGCUUACUUGUGCAUUAGCCCACAUUAUUCAAGUCAUCGGUGCCAUCGCCUCCAUUCUUCAGAAAGGGCCAGCAAAUGCCGCGUCUCCAUUUAUCCUCGGUCUUAUCCUCCUUGCGUUUGGCGCUGGAAUUUUCAAGCCCGACGUCUCGCCUACGAUCCUUGUUCAACAGCGUCAGAAAACAGCCUAUACCAAAAAACUCAAGUCUGGAGAAACUGUUAUAGUUGACCCAGAAGCCAUAACCAUAAGGACCCUGCUUAUAUUCUACGGAUUUAUCAAUAUCGGCGCCCUCUUUAUGCUUGCUACCACCUACGCCGAAAUAUUGGUUGUCAUUUUUGCUGAUAGAAGUCAUCUAUCUGUUGCUCCUAGUUCUUCUGGCAGCUGUUUAUAA